AUGGCCUCCCAAGCCACCGCUAACACCCCCAACGAGCCUGAAGAGAGAAGCUAUUACCGCAUCUUGAAAGAAGGAGGCUACCGCAACUUCCAGCAUUUCAUGCACAGCCACGAGCUCAAGAUGCAUGACAACGAUGACAUACAAAUGGGAAAGGAAAUUCUCCGUCGCUACGAGGAAAACGACAGAGCCCAUGCAGACGACCGCGGUCACGCAAGGAACAAAUCGCCCGAGAACGACAAGCCCACCGAGACCAACAUUAACCCCCACGACUCGGACUCGGACUCAGAUCCUCCAAGCGGCGUCCGCCUCGGUUACUGUGCGCCUGGGGACGACGAUGACGAUAAUUCGGACGAGGAAGGAUGCCGUCUUGACGCACCCUAUAAUCACUUCGAAUGGGGACUUGACGAGCCGGACUUGGAGGGUUAUCCGGCGUUUUCGGACGAUGAGGCGGCGUUUGGUCAGGACGGUGAUGACGAUGAGGUGAACGACGACGAUGAUGGGGGCAAUGGAUACGAAGAGGACUGGUGA